GCGCGCCUUGCGACUAGUUGACGUUGUACAUCUAAUGUUUACAUUGUUUUAUGUCCUUUACAUACCAUAUAUAAUGGUAACUACAAAACAGAGUUAGCGGAUAAUUUAUACUACGGAAUACAGGAUAUUCGCCUUUGAUGGAAAGUAAAAGUUAAAUGCUCAUCGGACCAGCCUCCCAACAUGUCGCAGACCACUCUUCUGGAAGAGGUGGUACACUGGAGUCAGGAAACCUGUCGCAAAGAGCUCAGAUCUGCCCUGCCUAAACUUACCUCUCUACAUGAAAAGUCUGAGAGCUGGGAUGAGCAUAUUCGUAUCCUUAAAGUCAUCACAGAGAUGUUCCUCCCUCACAUUGGUUUGAAGGAAGUGGAAGCGUGCCUCUCCAAAGUCUUGCCUAAGGCUGUCACCAUGUUCGACAAUUUGAUGAAGGAGAUCUCAAACCAAGUUGGAGGACUGUCCAGUCAAAACACAGAGUUGCGUACCCUACUGAGAAAACUCCUGGAGGCAACGGUGCAGAUCAUCGAAGCGAUGUCUACUUGUGUUCGUCGGGUCUGCUUGUUUGACGAAGCAUUAGAACUGGACGCCAUCCGCUCUCUACCAUCGUGUAUCCUCAAAGUACUGAAGCAGACCUUCCAACACUGCAAGGAGAGUGAGGAGGUGUACUGUGGCCGCCUGUCCCUGGUCGCAGACCUGCUGCAGGGGCUGUUCAAGGAGGCCUACUCCCUCCAGAAGGGCCUUAUGGAGCUGCUGGAUCGCAUCUCUCUGGGCACUGAGGCUACGGAAGAGGACGUCACUGACAUUGUCACAGUCAUUCACAGCCUGCUUGAUCUCUGCUAUGUGAUCUCGGACCUGGACAUGGCGCUGCACGCCAACACGUGGAAAUUCAUAGUCAAACAGAGCGUGAAGCACCAAUCGUUUGUGGAGGAGCAUCUUCGCCACGGUGACAUCAGCAGCUGUCUGUGUGACAAUCUGCUGGCGUCCUUCAGCACCUGUCUGGAGCUGGGUGACCAGAUCAGACACAUCGCAGUGCAGGAGAUGACCCAAUGUGCGGAAUACAAGCUGUUUCAGAAAAACAUGAAGAUGUGCAGAUUCUUUGCCAACACUCUAGUCCAUUACAUAAAGGAAUUCAGCUCUUUCCUGUCAAAAUAUUGCUGCCGCUUUCAUCAGCUCUACCUCCAAAUUACCAGUAUGUUCCCGCCCAGCCUGUGUGCCCCAAGCCUGCAUCCACCGCUGUCUGAGGAGCUGAGUGUGGCAGCGCUGCUACCCAUGGAGGCCCUCCUGAUCCAGCUGUUGCCCCUGCGCCCCUUUGCGGAGGCCGUUCUCGGGAAAAACCAGCAGCUGAGUGCUGACCGGCAGCUCCCUCAGUGCCUGCUGCUGGUGAGCGUCCUGGGACACCUGCCCCCCCAGCCAGAGGAGACCCUGCAGCUCUGGCACCAGGGCGACCUCUUCCCUGAGGAGACCCCCAGGUUCCCCGUCUAUCAGGCCAUCAUGAACGUCUUCCGGGUGUGCUGCACUGAGCGGAUGGUGCCCGUGCUGUUGCCGGGGGUGAUGAUGAAGGGUCAGGCCCAGGGCAGAGUCAGCCUGCAUCACCACGUGUGUGUGCAUCUGUGUGCCAGCGUCGCCUCACUCCCACCAUCAUACCUCCCAGGGCUGGAGCGUUGUUUGGUGGAAGCCGUCUUGCAGUCUGAUUGGCAGACAGCCCUGCUCGCUACAGAUGUCUGGUGUUUCACAGCAAGGUACGGAACGGCAGAACUCUGUCUGCAACACGCCCUGCUCAUAGCUCACCUGGUGAAGGUGUGUGCCGGCGGGGUGUACCAGUCGUCCCACCUGGGCCUGCUGCUCAGACGCAUGGUCUUCCUCAUGACACCCCACCACCAGAUGGCGCUGGUGGAGCGCUUCCCGCCGUCCCAGGUGGAGAACCUCCCCGUGUGGCACCAUGUCCUCCUCAGAGCCUUGUCCCCGGACGCCAGCCUCAGGCUCCAAGAGGACGUCACCGCCCUGACCCAGCAAUCCCUGGAUCACUGGCGGGACGGAGGCUACCGGCUGGGGCAAGUGGAGAAAGUGAACACCGCUCUGAAGGCCCUCAGAGUGGUGGUCCGCGGGCAGCCGUCCUCGGGGGGAGAGGGUGUGCCGGCAGCCGCGAGGGGGAUAGUCACCCGGCUGUGGUCCCGCAUGUGUCCCGUGCAGGUCCAGACCCAUCCUGUACUACAGUGCACCCUGCGAUGGCUGCUGCUGAUAUCAGCCAGCCUGGUGAAGACCAUCGAUCACAACGCCAUCCAUCAGGCUCUGCAGUGUGUGGCAUCGCUCGUCUCUCACAAGUGUCCGGACGAGGUGGCGCUGGCUGCACUCGAGUUCCUGGCCUCCCUUGGCAACGUGUUCUUCUCCCAAGACAGCCAGGGCCAGAUUGUGCCCCGGCUGGGCAGCCUGUUCGGAUCCCUGCUGGCCGAGACGUCCUGGUUGUUACACCAGCACGCCCUGGAGGCCUUUGCUCACUUUGCAGAGGUCACAAAUCAUGAGAAGGUGAUCUCCAACAGCUUGUCCGUGGAAGAGACCAAGGCCAAAGUGGUGAAUUAUCUCAGCAAGACCGUUAAUACCCAGGAAGUGGGGGAGAGACGGCUGGACCGCCUCAAGAUGGAGUCACCCUUGAUAGAGCAAAACAAUAGGAGGCUGGAGACGGAAUUAGAAGGUGCUUCGAGUGGGUCAACCGCCAUUGCCCCUGCUGACUCAGAGCCCUGUCCUAAGAGAGCUCGACAGGAGACCAACAGAGAAGAGGAGUACAGCCGCUACGUCCAGACAGCAGAGAGCGCUCUGAAGGCCCUGCAGGCCCUAGGCAGCCAGGACACCACCGCCCCACAGCCACCGCAGUGGCUUGGGGCCAGACUACGAGAGCUGCAGACUUUGAUAGCCCAGAUCAGCCCAGGGCCAUGAUUUCCCCCCCCCCCAUCCCAUUGUGAUCCCCUACGACCUCUUGGUAUAUGCUCAAGAACGUUCAUUUUACAGGAUAAUACUUAUUGCUUUUCAUUUUUUUCUUGACAGUCUUGAAUGACAUCUAGUGAAUUGUUAAACAUUUUAAUUUAUUGAUUUGGUUGUUUACUUUAAUAAACGUCUUCCCACCAUCUAUUUGAGAAGAGUCAUGCGUUUUGACACCUCAACUUUGCUCUCUCCAGUGGGUGCUUAAUGAAUAUACUAAAUACAUUAUAUGCAAUUUACAAACUAGUUUUGAAGAAACACAUUUUAUUCAGUUAAAACCAAACUUUGUUAAAUGCAUCCAUUGAUAUAGAUUGCGAUUACGAAAAUGUAAGACUUUAGACACGUUACAGACGAGGCAAUAACGUAUCCUAUACCAUAAAGUUUAUUUCUCCAGCAAUCCAGAAAGCUAAUAAAUUAAAUCCAUCUCUGUAAUCAACAUUCAUAGUGCCAUUUCACCAACCGUUCAAUUAACCUUGGACAAGCCAUGUCUUCUCAAAUUUAUCCUAAUCCCAAGUCAUUUAUGGCACAAAAGAAACAAGGCAGAUGGAAAAUAAAGUCAUUAAGCCCAACUUGAAGUAUUGAUUCUUCAUAUAUUCUAUAGCUCUAAUCAUAA